AUGCCAGAAGAGCAAAAUCAAGCUGUAAUGGCAGUUGAUGAACUUCAAGCCAUAAUACAAAGAUGUCAAAUUCUGGAAGAAGCUGAUUUCAAAGGGGAAGAUUUUAAUCUGUUUCUGGUAGCAGGUCAGAAAUGUUUGGAAGAUGGGUAUGCAGCUCAGUUAUUAGAAGUAAUUCAAAAUGAGAAAAACAAGGUUAUCAUCAAGAAUAUGGGUUGGAAUCUCAUCUCUCCUCUUGUUAGAUGUAUUUUCUUGUAUGAACGGGAAGAUGAUAAGAGAGAACACUGCCUGAAGAUACUAGAUCAGUUGGCACAGCUAUGCAAUCCAAAGGAACUUUUCUUGGGUUUACUUGAGCAGAUUGAGCAGACCUCUGGAGAGCAGGUGUGCAAAACUGUCUUGUUAUUGCUUCAGCCUUUGCAGACAGUGCUUUUGAAACUUCAGAACAAGAAAGCCUACUCAGUGGGUUUAUCUUUGGCUGUGAUUAUGAAUCAGCUUACUCCCUUACCUGUACCUUAUACAAAACAACAAAUACAAGAAGAUAAAUUUGGUCUGUGUCGAUGUUGUAGUGCAGUGGUUGACUUUGCUAAACCAUUUGUGACUGAAGUUGUUAAAAACAUGGAAAAGUUACCAGAAUACAAUGACAUGGAGCUGAAAGAAGAAUUAAUAAAAUUCUGUAUGAAAAGUCUGAAAUAUCCAUUGUUGACAGCUCAGCUUGAACAGCUUGAAGGCGUUGAAGAACAUCCCUUUCGGCGUUUUGCAGCUGAAAUUAUAAGCAUUUUGUGGAAUAUAAGAGAAUUGAUGCCACUGGUGGUUUUACAUCGUAAAGGCAAGAGCUCGCACUGGGAGACUCAGGAGUUUGCAGACAUAGAGCAAAAAAAUAUUGCAGAUUCUUUGGCUUGUCUUUCGUAUCUGAUGUUUGUUCACCAUUUUGGUAUUGAUAGCUUUCCAAUGGUAUUUAGUCCAUCAUACCUUCUGCAAUGCAAUAUGACACAUAUUGAAGUACUACUGAAAAGGACAGAAGAAUCUAUGUUAUCCAAAGGACUUGAUCUGUUUGAGAGCUGUUUAUUGAGAAUGGAAGAUAACAGCCUUCUCCAUCAGUAUUUAGAAUUGAGAGAUUUUAUUAAUGUACCUCAGGAUUUGGUGAAAGUUAUGACCCUUUGUCCCAUGGAGCAUAUGAGAAAGAAGAGUUUAAAUAUUUUGCAGUUGUUCAUAGACAAGUUUGAUGUGGAGGGAAAAUACACAUUAUUCAGGUGUUUACUGAAGACAAGCAACCAUGCUGGUGUGGAAGGAUAUAUUAUUAAAAAUAUAAAAGAUCAGAUUCACUUAUCGUUAACGAAGGAAUGUGAUAACAUUUGGUUUACAGGACAUCACCUUAUCUCCCUUCUAGAUUUAGUGCUUUCGCUUCCAGAAGGUGCUGAGACAGAUCUUCUGCAAAACUCAGACAGGAUUAUGGCAUCACUAAAUCUACUGAGGUACUUGGUCAUUAAGGAUUGUGAAAGUGAUAAUCAGACAGGUGUAUGGACCAUGCUUGCCAAGAUUGAGCAAAAUUUUUUAAAACCACUGCAUGUAGGACUCAACAUGUCAAAAGCACACUAUGAAGCAGAAAUAAAGAAUAAGAAAGAAAACCGAAGAGAUGCACACAGUUCUAACACAAUUUGUUCUCUGACUGUUAGUGGGGAAAAGAUGCCUGCCAUGACUACAGAAAUGCAGCUUCAGGUUUUAGACUCUGCUCUCUUUACAUUUGAUUUAAUAGAAAGUGUUCUAGCUCGAGUAGAAGAACUCAUUGAAGUGAAAAUAAAAGCUGCAGUGGAUGAAAAUAGUUAG